UCCCACAGUAAAGAUGGCGCCACCGUGACCGUACGUUACAGGCAACGUCACUUCCGUACUUCCUUUGUGCCCUGAUCCAAGAUGGCUGACGAAGCCACUCGCCGAGUUGUGUCUGAGAUCCCAGUGCUGAAGACAAACGCCGGACCCCGAGAUCGGGAGUUGUGGGUGCAGCGACUAAAGGAAGAAUAUCAGUCUCUUAUCCGGUAUGUGGAGAAUAACAAGAAUGCAGACAAUGAUUGGUUCCGUCUGGAAUCUAACAAGGAAGGGACCCGGUGGUUCGGGAAAUGCUGGUACAUCCAUGACCUCCUCAAAUACGAGUUUGACAUCGAGUUUGACAUUCCAAUCACAUAUCCUACUACUGCUCCAGAGAUUGCAGUCCCUGAGCUGGAUGGGAAGACAGCAAAGAUGUACAGGGGUGGCAAAAUAUGCCUGACUGAUCACUUCAAACCUCUGUGGGCCAGGAAUGUGCCCAAGUUUGGACUAGCUCAUCUUAUGGCCCUGGGGCUGGGUCCCUGGCUGGCAGUGGAAAUUCCUGAUCUGAUUCAGAAAGGUGUGAUCCAGCACAAAGAGAAAUGCAAGCAAUGAAGGCUCAAAGGACUGAGACAGGAUAGAGGGACCUCUAAUAGGUCAUGUGCCUGUUUUCUUGUGCAUCGUUCUUCUCAUUUAUCUGAUGGCUUCCCCCUACACCCACCACCUCCGGUUGUUACCAAAUAGCUGCCUUGGGCAUCAGGGG